GUUCGCUUGCGUCCGGUUGCGUUAGAUGAGUUGCGUUGCGUAUCGCGAGGAAGUCGGACGGGUGUUCUUUUCUCGCCUCGAGCCGGUCGGUCCGGUGUAAAGUUGAUCCAAAAGUGCCGGCUAACACCUGCAACUGCAGUGAGACCGUGUUUCUGUGGCGGCGUUCAGCAAAUUAGCUCAUCUGUUUGAAGCGGAAGUCGUACAGGCAAACAACAUCAGCAGGCGUGUCUGCUGGAAUUGGGAAGGGAGAAAAUUCGCUACAGAGAACCAAGCCGGCAAAUACUUUCUUUAGAAAACGAGUAACAAGCGGCGAUGGUUUAGGCGAAAAGGGCACAUACUUCUUUUCAAUCAAUACCAACAGACCAACCCCAUUUCUGGGCAGGGUGCAAAGUGCUUUAAAACGAUACACAAUCAGAGCAAAAGUGUUGUGCAUAUCAGGCUUAAGAAAGUCAAGUCUCUCUGUCUCGGUGCCGCAACAAAGGAGGCUGGCAGUUUGAAAGCAAAGCAUAGCGCGCGCGUGUGUGUUAUGUUAGUGUGGCGUUAGUGUGUGUGAGUGAACGUACGCGCAAAUGUGGUGAAGGUGAAGAAUUUGAAGAGCCGAAGGUGUUUUUUUUUUUCGCCAAAAAGUGCAUCAAAAUGCAGUUCGUCGAGCAGCAGCAGCAGCAGCAGCAGUGUAUUGUUCGGCAGUUGAUAAGGCAACAGAGCCAGUGAAAGAGGGAGAGAGUAAGAGCGAAUACAUUAAUUCGACCUGCGACCGAUGCAGUUUCGUUGAUUGCAUUGCCCAGAGUGUAGUGCAACGAAAGCGAGUGAGCGAGAAGUGAAAGAGAGUGUGUGAGAGAGAAAGUAGGAAGGAAUUGUUUUGCAGUCAGUGCAGCAGCAGCUUUUCGAUAUUUUAUUGAAAGGGCUGCUAUUUUUUUCACUUCUUUUAUUUCGUGUGCAAUUUGGUUGGUAGUUUCUUGUGGCAAGAGCAAGAAAAAAUCCCCCCGAAAGAAAGGUGCAUUGUGCGCUGUUGGAGAGGAGAGCAGCGGAAGAGCCCGAGAUACAUAUCCCGGUGCAGAAAUGCAAUCAAAAGCAGCAGGAACAGUGAUUCGUAGAAGAAUGACGGGAUUGAAUUGGACGAUGAUGGUGCUGCCGGUGCUGGUGGUGCUGAUGCAGUUUGCGCUCGAUACGGUUCGGUGCGAGUUCCAGUUCACCGUGACACCCGAGAGCCGGCAGGUGUUCGAAGGGGAACCGGUCACAUUCGAGUGCCGGGCAAUGUUUGACGAUGAGAUCGAUUUUUCGUGGACCAGAAACGGCAUUCCCGUUCCGGCUAAACACGAGCGGCUAAGUUUCGCCACACCGCAACGCAUUUACCAGAGCGGUUCCAAUCUGCAUAUCCGUGCCGUCAACGGGACGCUUGAUCGGGGCGACUACGUGUGUUUGGCAACGGCGCGAGCAUCCGGAGCCCGGGUGGCAUCUCCCGCCGCUACGCUGGACGUUAUCGGAAUUUCCCCGCCAGUCGUGCAGCUGCUCAAGCACGAUCCGGACCGCGAUAGCAUUUCACUCAAAUGUCACUCUACUCUGGAACAGGCCACCGAAAUCAUUGGCAGCGAUGGUAAACCGGCCGAAGAAACUCACGUCGAAUGGUACAGGAACGAGGUGAAGCUUACGAAAUCACUGCACAUCGAUCUGCAACGCCGGAAGCUGCACAUAAAAAAUGCCUCGGCGAAGGAUAAUGGCGUCUACAGCUGCCUGCUGGUGGUCGUAUCCCGCACGGACGGUAGCCGCCGGAUCGCGCUACGAAGUUCGAAAAACUAUCGGCUCAAGCUAAAACCGGGAACCAAUUACGGCCAAAGCAAAAUCGAUUGCACCAAAAACCACAAUUUGCUGCUGUGCCGGGGCAAGCGAGGCGACCGGCAGCUGGGUGUGGCGGGCGACCGGCUAACCACCGACCGUCCACCGAUGAGCGAUGAGGCACCGGCCCAGCUGCAGCUCGCCGGCGAAGGACAGUCGUCGUUCGGCGGGCCGGCCCCGGUCCGUAUCGUGGUGCAUCCGGUGACGACGGUGGUUAAUGAGAGCCAGCCGGUCGUUUUCAACUGCGGCUUCCGGGUGACGGCGGCCAACGAGAGCGGCGGGUUUGUGCUGCGCUGGCGCAAGGACGGCAAGGUGAUACGCCGGUGGGACAAUCUGGCGGAAGCGACCACGGUGCCGACGGACGAUGCGAUGGUCGGUGCGACGGAGAGCAGCUCGAUGUUCCGGGACGAUGCUCGCAUUCACGUGGACCGCACGAACGGAUCGCUUGUGUUCGGUUCGGUGGUGGCCAGCGACGAAGGAACGUACGACUGUCAGAUAACGAACAAUGCCAGCGACUUUCUGGUCAGCUCGACGGCGGCGGAAUUGCAAAUCAUUUCCAACCUUCGCUUCACACCGAAACCACCGACGAGCAAAAACCUGGAGCUGGGAUCAAUCGCCAAAAUACACUGCAAAGCGCAGGGUACACCGGCACCGACCGUCCACUGGACGACGGUGGUUAGCGAUGGUGGGCCAGCGCCGGCCCUGCCCGACUCGAUCGAGGACGUCAACGGUACGCUGGUGUUCCGCAACGUGUCGGCCGAACAUCGGGGCCAGUACGCGUGUGUCGCCGCGAACAGUCAGGGCGAAAUUCGGGCAAGCGUUUCGGUGAACGUGGUCAUUGCGCCGAAGUUUGAGAUCGCACCGGAGGGUGCGGUACAGGUGGCGGAGCUCGGUACGGUACAGUUUCACUGCGUGGCGACCGGCGACCCGAAGCCGACCAUCCAGUGGGACAAAGAUCUGCAGUAUCUGCAUGCAAAGGCCGGUGGCGCUAAUGGCAGCGAGGAGGAGCGCUAUCGAAUUCUGGAGAAUGGGACGCUGGUCCUUACCGAGGUCCAUCUGGAGGACGAUGGACGGUACGGGUGCACGAUUGGCAACAGUGCCGGACUGAAGCGGGAGGAGGUGCAUCUAAUCGUCAAACCGUCCGACGGUAUGGUGAUGCCGGAAGAGUCGGCAGAGGAUGGCUUCCUGAUAACGCGUGCCGUGCUCAUCACCAUGUCGGUCGCCUUUGCGUACAUCAUACUGGUCGUCGGGCUGAUGAUAUGGUGCCGGCAUCGGCGGGCAGCACGCAAAGCCCGGCUCAAUCUGGGCUCCUCCAAGGAAAAUGGUGGCGAUGUCGAUCUGAAGAACUGCGAAAUUGAACCCUGCCUGCCGGACAAAACGUCCGCAGCGGAGAAUGGUGGCGUAGGGGUAAGUUCCGGCCGUUCCAAAAGCAAGCAGAAGAAUGGAUCGGCAGGAGGCAAAGACACGGUAGCAAAUGGUGUCGACAAUGGGCAGGACAAGAGCGAUGAUACGGUGAACUCGAGCAAAUCGAAGAAGUCGUCCGGUUCGGGAUCGCUGCUCGAGCAGCUCACGGUGCCACGGUCGGCCGUCGUCGAGAUGCUGCAGAUUGGCAAGUGUGACUUUGGCGAUGUGUACAUCGGGAAGAUACGGGAGAAUGACUGCCGAUUGCCACCGCCGAAGGAAAGUGUGACGCAGGAACCGAUUGCCGGGGAUGAGGUAGGUCCCAGCACCGAGCUGACGACGGAGAACGAGCGCAAGAGUCCCGUCAAGAAGGGCCCUUCCAAUGAGGAGCUGAAUGCGAUCCGACCGGAAAAUGACUACAAGCCGGUGAUGGUAAAGGCACUAACGAAAGUCAAGGACGAACACUGCUGCGGCGAGUUCCGGCGUCAGCUAGAGCUGUUCCGCACCGUUUCCCAUCGCAACGUGGUACAGCUGUUCGGGUUGUGCCGGGAUAAGGAUCCACACUAUCUGCUGCUGGAGUACACCGAUUGGGGAGAUCUGAAGCAAUUCCUGCUAGCUACAUCUCCGAUCACACCGCCCAAUGGAACGGUCGACAGCAAGAAGGAUGCCACCACGAAACCACCGCCACUCAACGUGCCACAAAUUCUUGCCCUAGCGCACCAGAUCGGACGCGGCAUGGACGCUAUCUACAAGGCUCGCAUUAUUCACAAGGACCUGGCAACCAGAAACUGUAUCAUCAGCAGCGAUUUUUCGGCCAAAAUCUCCAUGCCAGCACUGGGGCGCGACAAGUACAGCAAGGAGUACUGCAAGCACCGCAACCAGCUGAUGCCGAUCCGCUGGAUGGCACCGGAAUGCUUCCAGGAGGACGAUUACUCCAUCAAGAGCGACAUCUACUCGUUUGCCGUGCUCGUGUGGGAGCUGUUCACGAACGCGACCGAGCUACCGUUCAAGGAGCAGACGGACGAGGAGAUCAUUACCGCUGCCCAGGCGGGCAAGCUCGAGUGGAAGGUCGCAGAAAAGACGCCCGAAGCAUUGCACAAGAUACUGACUUCUUGCUGGUCAACCAGCCCGAAAGAACGGCCAUCGUUCAGCCAGCUCGUCGUGGCCAUCGGUAACUGUCUGCAGAGUGAAUAUCCCAAGGAACCAACGGAAUAAGCAGACUGGAGGUAACAGACGAACCAGCGACUGCUCUCUGUCUAUCUAUCGAAUCAUCAUCCAUAUACAACGAGGUAUUAUUCAAAUGCAUCUCUUUUUUGUAUUAUAUUACACAUACAUGAAUACCGUACACACACACACACAUAUUAAUAAAAUCAUUAAGAAUUGUGUAAUGCAAACAAAAGCAAAUGAUAAUGAAGUCUACCAGUGUGGUUAGGCGUUUGGAGGAGCGUUUUUGGUGGAUUUACACCUAGCGUACCCAAUGUUGAAGGCAGUUUCAUUAGGAAAAGAUAAAAAGAAACAUGACUACAUCUCCAUGAGUAGUGAAAGCCAAGAUUAAAAGAAAAAAGAUAUUCGUCCGAGGAAUUCUUCCAAUGAAUUUUGAUACAAAAAUACACACACACACGUGCGUGUUUCAAUGCAACCACCCGGGAUAGGUGUGGUCAAACGGAAGUGUAGGUAGGCGUUAGGGUAGUAUUUAGUCGAAAUAUUUAUACACAUACAGUUUUUGCUCCCUCAACAGUAGUAGUCUGAAGGAUACGUGACCACUUUGCGGAACAGUUUCAAAAAGAACGGAUGGAUUCUACGAAUCGAGAUAGUAUAGGGAAAAGUGAAGUGAGUUGUAGCAGAAUGAUCAUUUAAACAAAAAGCGCAUCUCUACACAUACUUCCAGUUCUAACACUGCCCAGAAUGAUAAUUACUACAAACAACACAUGGCGAAGGUCUGAAUAUUCUACAGUAGCUUCAACUAACUAAACUAAAACUCAUUUCCCAGUGUACACAUACGCACACACACUGGAGUACUAGUGUUGGAUGAAUCUGAAUGAAUUUUUGAAAUGAUGAAAUGAAUCUGAAUCUCGGUUAUAAAGAUUCAUGAAUCUCGAAAGAUUCAUGAAUCUCGAAAGAUUCAUGAAUCUCGAAAGAAUCAUGAAUCUCGAAAGGUUCAUGAUUUUCGAAAAAUUGUAUACCACAAAAGAUUUUCGAUUCCCUAGGCAUUCAUGAAUGUCUAGGGAUUCACACAUCUCUUAAGAUCCAAAGAGCGUGAGCUUCUCAAUAUUCUUGUCAUGGCACUUUACACAGGCUUUCGAGGAAAAUACCUUCUUGGAAAAUACUACGCAGUGGGAGAGUUUGUUAUGCUAAGGGGAGACGACCCAUACGAGGUUUGAACCCACGACGGGAGCCCACGAUUUAUUUAUUUUUCGAGAUUCAUGAACCAUUGGAGAUUAAUAAAUCUUUCGAGAGUCAUGAAUCCUUGGAGAUUCAUGAUUCUCCAAGGAUUCAAAAGUCCUUGGAGAUUCAUAAAUCCUUGGAGAUUCAAGGAUCUUUGAAGAGUCGAUUCAAGGUUCGAAUCACUCAUCACUGAAGAUUCAUAUGAGUGAAUCUCAACGGAUGAUUCAUGAAACCCAACACUAAAUCGUACUGACACUAUUGCAACACACGUUUAUCACACAAAACACGUACGUAUCCUUAUAUCGAUAGGCAUUAUUGUUCGCUUUUUGAACGUGGUACUUACAGCACAUAUAUAUAUACAUAGUCCUUUCGCCAUGAUCGCUUAGCAAACCAGGCAGCAAAAAGCCACAGUGGUGUGGUGGAGAUGAUGAAAAAGUAAAUCACACAGCAGCUAAUAGUUUAUUCUCCAAAUACUUACACCACAGUCCACACAAGUCUCCAAACGAUCCUCCCACGGGGACGGCAAGCUUUUAUCGUCUGCUUUAGUCUGUGCAGCGUUUCAUAUACACCCAAUUAAUCACUGUCGGAAAGGCUUCGGCAGCGCGAUCCGUGUACUGUUAAAACGGUGGCUUAAGUACGGCCGCCACAACACACCAGCAUUGCAUUUAUUACAACACGUAACGCAGCGUAACGCCUUCGUAACAAGGGCACAGCCGCUGAACAAGGGCAGCAAUUUAAUCAUUCUCAUUUGUACAUACACAAUUAUACGCAAGCCUCGUGGGCGUAGAAAUAAUCUUUUCAACGUUACUGGAAAACAAAACUUUGCAAUUAAGUUAGAGAGGGGUUUUUUGUUUCCUAAAAUGAAACCGAAUUAUUUCUCCAUUUAGUUUGUAUCCUGUUUUCGUGCGUACUCGCUUUGCUACCACAUUAAUCUGUGCUUGGGUGAAAAAUACAACUAAACGCCACCACGCUACUCGCGAGUAGAUGAAACACCGACCGGCAAAGUUUGGAAAUGAAAUUGAACAACAAAAGAAACUGUCCAAAAUCUAGUCAUUUUUGCAUAGGGGAGGGAAGGGGGAGUUAAUUUAACUCCAUUCCCUUCCCCAUCACUUCUUUGCUAUGCUGCACGGAUUCGUACACAAUUGCCAUAUAUGAACUAAAUUCGGUUUCAGCAGCUGCUGUAUUUAAAACCUGUAAAAUGCAACUUCUGCCGAUAUAUUCAAGCAUUGAAAACAAACAAACAAACAACACUGCAAGGAGCGUGUAACAGUUUCGUUAGGGUUAAGUUUAAUGCGCAUUUACUCUAGCCGGCAUUCUCAGUUAGAGGCGGGAAGCAGCAUUUAAGUAGCGUUUAAGCAAGAUAUCGUAUGCUAAAUUCAUUACUGAUAGGGAGGGACCGUACUCAGCAUAUAGGCUAGUUAGCAGGCGGGGAAAGUUAGAAAGUGAUUGGUGCGCUGUACUUCUAUGAAUUAAUUGCAUUUACACACAUCGCAAACCAUCGUAACAUUGAACACUUCCGCUAAGGGAAAGGUCGGUUGAAAAGUUGGAAAAUGGCAUAGUUUUUCUUUCCCAUUUUUCCCCCUUAUCGUGUUAUGUGAGGAAAAAACGCUAUAAGCAUUGACAAAAAAAACAAGAACCGCAAAUCGUGAUGUGAAAAAACAAACAACCAGAAAUCAAUAAAAUUAAAUAUUAUCUAAAACAUUAAA